AACGUUUACAUUUUUGUAAAUAAUCAAACAAUAACAUAAAAUCGGUGUGUAAAGGAAGUAAUUGCUCAAAUGUUAGAUGUCCCAAAGGAGUAUACGAAGUAAUAUGUUCUGUGCUAUAGCUGAAGCUUGUUGGUUUUAAUCACAUGGCUUGGCUUAGAAUUGGCUCACAGCCUUACAUCACCCCAUAUCCAGCGUCCAGAGCAUAUAUCACACUGCAUUUUCUUGUGAAUUCCUUGAUAGUUUAUAAUAUAGAUACAGUAGCAGUUGUAACUCAGGAUGGUCGAAUGAUUGUGGGAUUGUUAAAAGGUUUUGACCAAACAAUCAAUUUGAUAUUGGAUGAAAGCCAUGAACGAGUAUUUUCGUCAACAAGUGGAGUCGAACAAGUUGUCCUAGGACUUUACAUCAUUCGUGGAGACAACAUUGCAGUAAUUGGUGAGAUUGAUGAUGAUACAGAUUCAAGUCUUGAUAUGGCCAACAUAAGAGCUGAUCCACUUAAUCCUGUUGUCUACUAAUCUAAUGGCAAGACAAGUUUAUUGACACAGAAGGAAAUUCAAAAGGCUUGAAUGAGGAUCCCAAAGUAAUAUGGUGAUAGUAAUUGUGAUACCCAUGCAUGAACAACAAAUUUGGCUAAUCUUACAUCCUCAUUGCAUAAUAGUGUGUAGCAGUACUUAGUAAUCACAAGCACAUUGCUUCUUAAUUAUAACUACAUACUAUUUGCAGCAUGCAAGAGGAAUACAAACAGUAUUUUUAUUAUUUGAUUGUUUGAUGCUACUCUGAGUUGAACCAAAUGUGCAAGGCUAAAAAUACUUGUCUUCAUUGAGAACCUAUGUGGCAAACAAGGUCGUCAACAGUUCUAAAAUCUGUGAUGCUCCAAAAUAUUUCCUGCUCAGUUCAACACAGAGUAACUGCAUGGUUCAUAAAGCAAGUUUGUCUUCAUUUUCGGGACAGCUCAAAUAGGAUUUUGUCUUCUCCUGUGUAUAUAUCUCUAUAUCACCUACUGUAUGUUUGCCUGCACCUCAUGCAGUAUGUGAGCUUGCAUCAUAUGCUGUAAUGUAUAUAAAGAAUGCAUGACGCUGUUGAACUUCUGAUACGGGUGUGAAUAAGCCCUACUUUCAGUUUAGUGUAGUCUUGUAGGCACGAUCUUGCAAAAUUAAGUUUAUUUAUUAACCAGGUAGAUUGGGAUUAUUACAUAUAUGCUGUACAAGUUUA